AUGAACGUGAAUGGUAAUGUUAAUGUUGGAGAUGAUAUUGAUCUAACAGUGUCACAAGGUUGCUAUCUGUUGGAGGAAGCCCAUAAAUGCAUUUUGGAAGCGAUUGGCCUAUUUUCUGGCCCAAGAGAGGAUUCGAAAUUGGCGCUAGACAGACAUACCUUUCGGUUAGCUGUCCAUGCACUUCGACGUGGUGUACUCGCAGUACGUGUUAUUGAAUUGUUUCCAAGUGAUCUUUUUGAAGAAUUGGCACGUGCGGAGCAUGCAAGAGCUAAGGGAAUAAAAUCCUGGGAACUAGUACGAUGUGUUGCUUGCAAUUGUGAACAUAUAUCUGAUGAUGAUGGCGAUUUGUCGGAUUCUGGUUCUGAAAAUUUUAAAAGAAAUCAUGUAAAAAGACAUACUGUGAAUGUGAUUGAUGGAUUGAGGCGCCAUUUAGUCGGUAUCACGCUGAUGUGUUAUUCUGUUCUGCUUUUGCAUUACGUAGUUCACACCAAACGAGAACCGUCUAAUUUUAUCCAUGCGUUGGAUUACUGUAAUGACGUUUUAUCUUUCGUACCAGGCACUGGCACCUCUUUGUUUGACAGAGAAUUAGCACUUUUACAUGCACGUCAUCUCAUGGAAAACUGCAGAUUCGACGAACCUGAAAUCGACGAAACAGUGAAAAUUUGUUUGAUGUUGUUUGAGGAAGAGCGGAAACGAGAAUUACGCGAUUCUGAGCGCCUCCAUUAUUUGCAGAUAGUUCAUGCACCUUGUAAAGAUAAAAUGUCGUUCGGUGGAUAG